AACAAAGAUAUUAGCAGACAGAGAGAUAGAGAAACAGAUCGAGAGACUGAGAAGAUAAGAGAAGGACAGAUCGUGAAGAGAAGAUAGAUGGGACGGAGAAGAUAAGAGCCGUGUGUGUUUGUUAAGUUCUGAAGUGAAGAACAGAAUGGGUAGUGAGGAUAGGCAUUUCUGUGUCAAGGUCCUCCAGUUGGAUCUAACCCAAAGAAGAAAGGAGUAAGAAUGGAGUGUUCUGUAAAUGGGGAUGAGUUCUGUGUUACUGUUGCACCGACAAAGAAGAUGAGGAAGGCCUUGUCUGCACCAACUACUGCAACAACAUCUGCAUCAAAGAAAUCUGGUGAUAUACCACCAUUGUCAAAGCGCAAAGCAGCUUCUACUACACCAUCUUCUUCUUCUUCAGCAGUUUCCCAGAAAAAGGGUAAGACAACUGCACCAUCCUCCUCUACUGCAUCUGAUGUUGGUGCUAAAAGGAAGGUGACACAUCCAUCUACUUCUUCUGGACCUUCUACUGCUUGUUUUAACCAGACUUAUAAUGGCACAGUGAAUAUUUCUAGCCAAACCAUCAAUAUUACUGAACCAUCAUCUAAAAGGGUUAGAAAGCCUAAUUCAAAAUAUCAGUAGGUUUAAAUGCUUUCACAUAAUGACAGUUAACAAUGGGUUCUUGUUUUUUAUGCUUUUGUUUGUAAUGGCAGACAUCUUAAUCACUUUAUGUUUGAAGUACUGAUGGUGUUUUUAACUAUCGUUGUUUAUGUAAGUGCAGACAGUUUAGCAGUUAAAAUUAU